AUGACGAAGCGCACGAAGAAGGUCGGUGUCACCGGCAAAUACGGUACCAGAUAUGGUGCCUCCCUGCGUAAGCAGGUGAAGAAGAUGGAAAUCACCCAGCACGCCCGCUACAUUUGCACCUUCUGCGGCAAGAACACCGUCAAGAGGAAGGCUGUCGGUAUCUGGGAGUGCAAGGCCUGCCACAAGACCGUUGCCGGUGGUGCCUGGACUAUCUCGACUCCGGCUGCCGCUGCCACUCGCUCGACUAUCCGCCGUCUGAGAGAACUCGCCGAGUCCUAA